AUGGAGCUCCUCAUUGCCCUUCAAGGUGAGAGACACUUGUUUGCCGGAAAACGUUCAGCUUCGUGGGACCAGUACUACCGCAGCAUCUGCCACGCGAAAGGUUUGACAGCCGGAUUAUUUGCCAGAGAUCGGAGACCGCAAAUCCCAUUCUUUCAGCCAGCAUCGUUGAUGGGGCUUGCUCGGAGCCUGGAGAUGCGGCGCGCCUGUGAUGCGCCAAGACAUCGUGAUGGCGAGGAGCGGGCGAACAUGACUAUGCAGCCUCGGCAGGAUGUGGAGAGGAUCAUCAAAGAGGAUUAUCCGUCGGGAAUCAAGCACCAUGCUGAAGUUGGGGCGAAAUCGCGAGUCAAGAAGAAGCCGAAGCCCGUGCAACAGCAAAUCACCAUCCCAGAACUCCUUCGUACUCUCCGGCUAUCGUUGCAAAGCGAGAUCGUGGAAUUUUCAUUCGACUACCAUACCUUGAUACAACGCACGUCUGAGACCGCCCAGCAGCAAGAAUACGAAGAAUCUAUCAUUCGCAAGCACUACCCAGAAAGCCAGCGAAGUCAGGAGCGAAACCAUCUUGCUGACCAGCCAGAAAUGCCCGAGGAAAACGACGACCAAGAAGUGACCAUCGAGAAAGGUGGCCCUUCUUCGACCGGCCAGAGCUCGACAAGGGCACGUGCCAAGGUCAAGGGCAAACUCAAGUCGUUCUGGAACAAGACCGUCGUCCCAGCAUUUCCCGAAGCUGUGGCAGACAUCUCAAUCAUCAAAGCCGCGUUGAAGGUCGAAGCGACUAUUACCAAAGAAUUGAGGGACGCGACGAGGCAUCCCGAGAUCGCUCAAAAGGCCACGGUAAGGAGAGGUAUCGAGUUAGCUCCACAGGAAAUACAAUUUCGUGAGCGGAGAAAGGUCACUGUGCGCGAUGCCUUUUGUCGUUAUCUCGAUCUCGACCCGUCCGAGGUCCACAUUGAUGACGUGCCUAUCGUCGCAUUGGGCGGGUCAGGAGGGGGAUAUAGGGCCAUGAUCGGGCUUCUGGGAUAUUGCGAAGAGAUGAAGCGGACAGGGAUGUGGGAUCUGUUAACCUAUGUUGCUGGCGUGAGCGGCAGUUGCUGGGGUCUUGCCGCAUACUAUACUUGGGCCGGGGCGAGCAUGAAGGCCGUGAUUGACCAUUGCCAGAAGCGACUGCAUCCUCAUCACCCUUUGUCUCCCGAGGCUGUUCGGGAGGUGCUCAAUGCCCCUGGUGGCCCGGCAAAGACGCUUGGCCCCUUGGUCCAGAAGCACCGUUCAGGCCUUUCAACGGUGGCUAUGGAUUUGUAUUCUGUCUUCACCACUGGUCAUCUGUUUCUGAACCACGAUCCUGCAUUGGAGCCCCCCGGCCUCCGUGAGAGUUUUGGUGUCAAGAAGGAGGUGGCGGGGCUCCAUGAGAACUGGCUGAAGUGGUCAUCGGCCAAUGUCCAUCUGCUAGACGGCAGCGAACCGUUUCCCAUAUUGACCGCAAUCCGGCAUGAACGGCCUUGGAAGGACUGGGUGGACAAGGAACACCCCUUCAAGAAUCAAGAUCCAAAAACGAAGGAGCAUCAAGAGGCGCAGGACGCCUGGUUCAACUGGUUCGAAAUCUCACCGAUCGAGGUGGGAUGUGACGAGUUGGAAGGUUGGUGUCCAACAUGGGCAUUUGGCAGACCGUUCGAAAAGGGCCAAGAUACGAUGCAACUUCCCGAACAAUCUCUGGCAUUGUUGCUGGGCCUGUGCACCAGUGCGCCCGCAGGACCCUUGACCUCUUACCUAGCGACCAUCAAACGCAGCCUUCCAGCGGGAUUUAUUGGAAAUUCCAUCAAUGAUAUGGCCAAAGGAAUCGCACGCAUGUGGGGACCAAGGGGGAAGGAAGAAUUUCAAGCUCAUCAUCCUCUCCAUGCCGUCAAUGAGCACAAUUUCAUGUUCCACUUGUCCCGAGGUGAGAGCAAGGACAAGCCGUCACCACCGAUCGAGAACUCCCCACGGAUUCACCUGAUUGAUUCGGGGAUGGACAACAACUGCCCGACAUAUGUCAUGUUGCACCCUCACCGGCGAGUAGAUGUGAUCCUGAACAUGGACGCUUCGAGCGACGUGUUGAAAGGCAGUUUCCAGGAGCGGGUGGACCAGAUUGCGAGCCGACGGUGUCUGAAAUAUACGAAACGCCACCCUGAAGUGGAAGCUGGCACUGACCCCAAGGACCCGGACCGCUUCCAGGGCUUAUAUGCCCAGAUAUACGACGGCAGUAUCCUCGAAGAGAGGCCCGAGGAAGUGAUUGACUCUUACGGACACAAAGUGACCAAUCCCCCGGCACCUCCAUGCCUCCACGAGUCGACCAUGAUAUAUCUCCCACUGCUGCCGAACCAGGGCGCGGUGGCCGACUUUGAUCCGUCGACCGCCAAGUUCUCCGGCUCGUACAACUUGGUGUGGACGGGUGAGCAAGUGGAAAUGCUGGUCAAGGUGUGUUGUGCCAACUACAAAGCCGGCGAACAUGCAAUCAAGACUGUGUUGAGGGAGCAGUGGCAAAAGAAGAAAGCGGCGAGAGAAGCAGCCAUUGGACCUGCUGGUGCUGCUGGUGCUGCUGAAGUGCCUGCCCAGUGCGCGUCCGGGGCAUUUGUGCAUCCUAUCAGGUAG